GGAAAGACAUUGGGAGCGAGCACGUUUCAAUGUAGUAGUAGCGUAGUAACCGUGCGAGAGAAAGCGCUGGAGCUUUAAGGACAAUGACGUCAACAGUGCGUGUCUGUGCACCCACACAUUGCAGGCAUCUAUAAAAAUGUGCGAGCGGAUGAUGGGAUUUUAUUGGCGCACCUGAACUCACACUUAAAAUGCUGCUGUGCUUCACUGGGAAAAACUUCAGCGAUUAUCGGGAUGUCAGCUCACUGCGCAGCUUUCGCCUCUGAUGACGUCAAUGGAAAAAGCUCCCCAAAAACCAAAACAACAACACUGCCUCCCCUAGGAGCCAACACCGUCCCUCCUCCCAGUGGGAAAUUCACAAAAGCCGGCAAAAGCUUGACGGGCGUCAGGAAAAUUGGAUUAUAGUAAAGCUGAGAGAGCGGGACAGAGAGAGAUGGAGAUAGAGACAGAGAGAGAGAGCGGAACAGGCAGGAUGCCUUCUGGCGAUGGCGUUAGCUAAUGGCCCUUGAAAUGGUAAAGUCUGCGAUGCGGGCGGAUCCGGGAUAUAUAUCUAUAUAAAGAAGUGUGCAGCAUAAAUAAAAGAAUGCAGAAACUCAAUUUAUUGAAAAUCGAUAUUUUUGUCGCAUUCUUCAAAUGAAGGACCAUUAACUUGUUGACCACAAGUUAACAAUAUGAACUAGAUAACUAACGAGUAAGGGAAAUUGCUUGACAUGUUAUGGGCAGACCCAACACCACGAAAAGCGUUGCCAGUGGAUACGCUUGCGUUGUUAGGUCAAUAAAGCCAGUCAAAAUACAGCGGGUUACAGAAAGAAGAUACUGCUCUGAGUAAUAUUUAUAAUGCCGCUGCUGGAGGCACCUACGGACUACCUGGAGUCCUCUCCGGAGCACUCGCUCCAGGCGGAGCUGCCCAUCCUUCUGGCUCCGCCGGGUCCGGCCGCCUUGGCCCAGGUCCGGAUGCAUCCGCCGGAUUUGCGGCCCAAUCAGCAGAAUCCCGCCCAGCAGCAGCAGCGGAUGCAGCUCGACCGGCGCCAACUGGCCCGCCGCAACUCCUUCGACCGGGAUCUGCCCAUCGCCGAGGAGGAACAGCACCUUCCGGCCUUCGUCCAUCUGCUGCCCGUGGUGCUGCCGCAACAGGGCCCGGAACCGACACUGGACGAGCUACUGCGGCGAGUGACGCAACGCACGGACCUGGAGGCGGUGGAGUCAGUGCGUCUACGCGUGAUCUCUUACACAGUCAGCCUGUCCCGCCUGUCGCUCUUCCUGCCGCGCCUCCAGGCCCUCGACCUGAGUGGCAGUGUGCUGAGCUCCCUGCGCGACCUGGGCUACGGACUGCUCCAGCUCACCCAGCUGGACAUCAGCAACUGCGGCCUGAACAGCUUCGACGGCACCAGUGGACUGCCUGCCAUCCGGGUGCUCAUCGCCGACGGAAACAUGAUCCAACGGGUGGAUCCUCUGGCCGAACUCAUCCAUCUCCGUGUUCUGAAGGCACGGAACAACCGAAUCAGUGAGCUGGGCCUGCUCUCCUUCCUCGGCAUGUGCCCGAAUCUGCAGGAGGUGGAGUUGCAGGGCAAUCCCGUGUGCCGUUUGCCGCUGUACCGCUCGCUCCUGGCGCGCAGUGUGCCCACGCUGCAACUGUUGGAUGGACGGGUGUUCAACGCUGAGCCAGCUCCAGUGGCGACGGCAGAGGCUGCAUCCCCGGCCUCAAGUGAUAUGGAGUCUGGCUCGGAGACGACUGUCCAACGGCCGAACACGGCGCCUGCUCCGGAACCCGUGCAUAUCUCCCUGAAUGCAGCCAUCCGGCGUCAGGUGUCGGCUAGCUCCGCGUCCACUCCAGUGGCCGGAUCGGUUUUGGGCCUGGUGCGCCAGCGGCGGAGGCGCAGUGGUCACGCCUGGGUCAGUUCCUCCUCCUCCUCCAGCGGAUCGUCCUCCGCCUCCUCGGCCCGAUCCACCCGGGCGCCAUCCAUGAGCUCCUGCUCCUCCAACAGCAGCCUCGACGUGCAAUCAUCUACCUAUGCCUUCAGCCCACAUUCCACGCUGGACUAGACCACACUGCAAAAAAAGAUAACGAUACAAACGAUCUGCAUUGGGAUUUAAAAUCCUGACUGUUAAAACUGGUUAUACAAGAAUAAAAAAAGACCUUUAACAAGUUUAAAUGCUUGUAAAAUAAAUACGCACCAUUACUUCA